AGGUACUUUCGACUGAAAGAGCGAGGCGCGUAAGCAGUACCGGUCCACAUUUGCAGUUCAUGGCGUGUUUAUAGCCAAAAAAGUUACCAUUGUUGUCUUUUCUGUGUCGAUGAUAUUGUUCACAUAUGGAGGAGGUAGACGUUGAGCCCACUAUUACUAAUAUCCCUGCAAUCAGUGAUGGAAAGCACAUGGGAUUUGCAUGGGGUCCUGGUGAUAUUCUUGUAUAUGAGACACGAUACAAAGCAUCAGGUGCUUCAGGAUCAGGUUGCUCGUUCAUCCAUGAGAUCAGGAAAGAUGAGGACAUAUAUUCCCCCAUUUUACGCAAGCUUUUUAACGAGUCUCACCACAUCUUCGUUGGCCUGCAGACAAUUAGAGAGGACCUCCCUAGCAAGAGUAAAAACCCCAGUAAGGGCGCAUUUGUUAGUAUCAGCAAAAAUUAUCGAUCCGUGAUCCGUGCUUGUAUGGAGGAACUUCAGCAAGUUGCAGUUUCUACCAAAAAUACAGAGUUGGCCACGCAGUGUGGAAAUCAGGUGUCCAUUCUUUUGGCCAUAGAACUGAUCUGGAAUCUGUGUGAAGUGCUGUUCAUCGAUGCUGCUCCAGCGGGCUCCCUGUUGCUCCACCUGCUGGACUGGGUAAGGUUACAUAAGGCUGACGUGGACGAGAAGGCCAGGGAGGUGCUCCAAAGUGAGAGCCCUGCCGAGCACCGCGACUAUUGGGACGUGGUGGUGAGUUAUGUGCUGCAGGGCAGGUUGGAAGAAGUCAGACAGAUGCUGGUGAAACAGGCCAACCUACAGCCUGCUGCCAGGAGCAUGUACAAGCAGAUGGAUACCUUGCUCAGCAAGAUGCCCUUCUACAAUCCUGGUGGCACUCAGACGCUCACAGAGUUUGAUGUAAAGUGGAGGCACUGGCACGAGGAGGUGGACCGCUGCCUGCAGGACAACUCGUUCGCCAGCAACCGACAUCUGGAGCUCAUCUGCAAGAUCCUUCUGGGAGAUGAAGACACUUUGCUGGAUCACAAGGAGCUGCUGGGUACCUGGUAUCACUUUCUGGUCACGAGACUUCUCUUCUGCCACCCCACAGUGAAACUCACAGAGUUGCAUUAUUAUGCUCAGUCGUGCGUGACGAUGUUCCUGGACUUGAGGAGCGUCCCAGAGCCCCUGGACAACAUCUUACUUGCUGCCUUUGAGUUUGACAUCCAUCAAGUCAUCAAGGAGUGCAGCAUUGCUCUCAACAACUGGUGGUUCGUGGCCCAUUUGACAGAUUUGUUGGAUCAUUGCAAACUCCUGCAGUCUCAUAAUCUCCACUUUGGCUCCAACUUGAGAGAGUUUCUCCUUCUAGAAUAUGCUUCUGGUCUCUUCACUCAUCACAGCCUUUGGCAGUUGGCUGUGGAUUACUUUGAUCACUGUCCAGAGUUUGGUCGUGUCUACCUGGAGCUUCAGAUAGAGCGCGUCCCUUUAGAGACGGAGCGUAAAGCUCUCAAGGUGCUGAGGGUUUGUGAGCAGAGGCAAAUGUCAGAACAAGUACGGAGUAUUUGUAAGAUCAUGGCUAUGCGGGCUCUGAGGAACAAUAGGCUGGGCUCUGCUCUCUCAUGGAGUAUAAGAGCCAAAGAUGCUGCAUUUGCCACCCUGAUUUCAGAGAGGUUCCUACAGGAUUACUGUGCCAAAGGGACCUUCUCUGAUCUGGACCUGAUUGAUAACUUGGGCCCGGCAAUGCUCCUCAGCGACAGGCUGACUUUUCUCGGAAAGUACCGCGAGUUCCACAAGCUGUACGGAGAGAAGCGUUUCAGGGAGGCGGCAAAGCUGCUCCUCUCCCUGAUGACUGCAAAGAUUGCUCCACAAAGCUUCUGGAUGACUCUGCUGACCGAUGCUCUGCCACUGCUGGAGCAGAAAGAGGUGAUCUUCACAGCAGAUCAAACCUAUGAGCUGAUGUUCUGUUUAGAGGAGCUCACCUCCUCCCUGAACAUUACUGCAUCCAGCACAGACAGGCCUAUGCAGGAGGAAGACGUAGAGGUGACCAAAGUGGAGCUCCUGAGACUCGCUCUGGCCAGGAAUCUGGCUCAAGCGAUAGUCAAAGAGGGAACGGUGGAAAUAUAAAAGUUUGACUUUGCAUUUUUGUACUGUAUAUAUUAAAGAAUCAUUAAUCACAAUGUGCUCUUUGAUAAUAAAACACUUCAUGAUACUCAUUGAAAUCUGA